AAAUUUUCUAUAUAUCUGGUCAGCUAGCAACCUGCUCACAUGGUCCCUUUACAAACAAGAACAACACAAAACUUUUGUUUUGUUAAGAUUUCUGGGUAUCUAUUGAAUCAUCAUAUUCUGCUGUGAAAGGUUGUACCUUUUGAUAUCUAGUUUUCUACCAUUGUUCUACAAAACACCCCUGAUUUUGAUCGAAACCGUCGCAUAACGAAGACAAAUCCCGAAGCAAGAACCUGUAAUGGAAAGCGUAGAAACCGAGCUUUCGGAUGCAAAGAAAGAAGUACUGGAACUAUGUUUAAAGAUUGCAGAAUCGAAUUUGAGGUCCAAAGAAAGGCAGAGAAAACCAAAAUGGCGCGAACGAUAUGACCAGUACGACGCAGAAACAUCGGUCAAGAACGAAGAUGAAUCGUGUGAAGAAGUGGUGAAGGAACUAGAACAUGUGAGAAGAGAAUUGCGCAAGCUUAAGCGCGAUAUGGUGCGCGUGUUGAAGGAGAAACGAGACGCGGAGAGAGCAGCAAGAGCUUCAAGUUCCAAACAGUUGACCCUUUUGACCUCUAUGGAAUUGAUGAAGAAAGAGAUUCAAGAACUCGGUGAGGCUCGGAGAGAAGAAGAUGAAGAUAACGUGAAUGAGCGUCAAGUAACACUAGUAACCGAGGAAUUAGAAGGUGCGAAACAAGAACUAGCAUCGGUUAAAGGAGAAAGGUUUAAGUUCAUGUCCUCCAUGGAUGUAAUCCAAGACGAGCUAACGUGUGUUCGCGUCGAAACAGCUCGAUUACAGAAAGCAGAACGAAAACGAGAAUUAACCAUUCAAAGCCUAAACUCAAAGAUCUUAAGGGCAAAAGCGAAACUAGAGUCUCUUACAUCUGUCGAAUCAAAAACCGACACAGUUGCAUCAAAUUUAGUCGUUACACUCGAACAGUUGAGAUCAGAAGCCGAAACAGUAAAGAAAGAAGAAGAUGUCAUAAGUGAAGAAACCGAAAACACGAGUAGAGAAAUUUGUAAAACGGAACAUGAAAUCAAAGUAGCAGAGAAAACACUAGAGGCUGCAAUGGAGGUACUCACAGCAAUCAAAUCAUCAGAAUCUAAAGCUUUAGGAAAUCUAAAAAGUAUGAUCAACACAACAAUGGAAGCUAGAAAUGUUGCCUCCAUAAACAAUUCAAUGAUAACCAUCACUGACUUCGAAUACGGGUACUUAACGGGUCAGGCAGGUGGGGCUGCAGAGGUUGCUGAUAAGAAAAUUGCUGCAGCUAAGGCAUGGGUGGAGGCUUUGAAGACAAAUGAAAGGGGAAUAUUGAUGAAAAUUGAGAUGGCAGAAACAGAAGCUAGUAAAUUAAGUAUUGAACCCGACGCGGAAGUGGAUGCAGAUGGGCCCGGGUUCGGGUUAGGGGAAAGAAUUGUAGCUUCCGGUCGUAGAUCGAUGGCAAGAGUUGGGAGCAAGGCUGCGGUUAGACGGGCUAGAUUGCAAAAGUUGCGGUCAUCGACGGCCCGGUAUUCGGGUAAGAUGGGUUCUUUUAGGAGAGAAAAAGGGAUGCCAAAACUUGUUUAGUGUGAGGAUGUUACAAUGGAUAUGUUAUCAAGAUGAGGUUUCUUGACAUUGUGCAUGUUAUAUAAAAAUUGUUGUGUGUGGAUGUAUAGAGUUAAAUAGUUUGUGAGUGUAAAAAUGAAAUUGUAUUAGGUUAAUUAAUUGUAGAGUUUUUUUACUUUAA